GACUGGUGGCAAUGAUUAUCCAGCUUCUUGGCUGGAUGCAGUUUCGGAGCCCUUGAGGUAUCCUGGAGCCCAGCCUGUGGGUGAAGCUGAUCCAGGUUCCCGUCUGGGUUCCAAGACCGAGCUCCCAGGACAUGCCGUGGAUGAUCACGCAGGAAGGACUUUUCAGGCUCCUCGGCAGCGUGCUGGGCUCCAGCCCGGCUGGCGUCGCAGGGGUCUUCCAAGACCAAGAAAUGAAGCUGAAGGAGGAAUAAAGGCCACAGAGCCAUCAAAACUCAUGAGGCAACUCCUGGACGAACUGCACAGAGCACACGAGACGAACCGCGAGGCUGUGUGGAAGGAGGCGUUUCCAGAAGGAAGCCGCAGCUCCCUGCCAGACUCUGGUGAAGCAGCAGAGGCGAUGCCAGCCGCUGGUAUGCCAGGGCUGCCAAGGCCCGGAGCUUACCAGCACAGCAGCGUAAAUGAAUUCCAUACGACGAACUCAGAUGUGGUCGGCAAGAAUACCAAAGGUGCUCCCAAUCCCCAGAGGAAUGCAAGUGUUCUCGACCCUGAUGAUACGGGAAAGAUCUGCACUAUGUCCAUAGCAACUGCCGUGAUGUCCACGCUACUUACAGUUGUGUUGUUUUGUGUCCUGAUGUGGAAAGUGAUGAAGGCAAAAAAGGAUGCAGAUAGAGAAGCCAAGCGCGAAUAUGGCGGCUGCCCCUUGUUCUGUGACAAAAGGACCAGACGCUGCAGUUCCCCUGAGAGCUGCAUCCAACAGCAGCUGCCACUGUUAGAUCCUGGAAAUAUGGAGUGUCCAUUGUCAUCACAAUCCUCACAGUCCUCCAGCCCGUCCCCAGCAGCACUGCAUUGGUGGGACCAGCCGGAAUCAGAGCUAGAGUGUGCGGUCUCGCUAGAACCACCAAGUCCUGCAGAACCUUCACCGGCUCCGCUGCAACAGCAGGAUGAGAACAACGGCAUCCAAAAGAAGGAGGCAAAAUCUGUGCGCCCAGGGUCACCACAACCCCAGAACCUUCCCAACCUGUCCUCCUCCGCCCCGCAGCAGCAGAACAAGCCGAGCGUCCUCAAGCGCCUCUUGUGCUGCAAAGGAGUUGUUCAACCACUCCCACAGCUCCCCAAAUAAAGACGGAUUAAGGUGUUGAAUUUUCCAUGUCCUCAGCAGCCAGCCAGCAGCAAUGGGAGCAGCACAGCUCCUCCAGCAGUGGACGGAAAGCAAACAGCACAUCCACCAUCACCACAGACCUGGCAUCUCCCAGCCCGUCCCCAAUCACUCAGCAGCUGCAGGACCAAUGCAGUGGCCUCCAGCAGCAGCCCCAACCAAAAGUGCCCCCUCAAGACCCAAGGCUGCUGCUCCAGCCGUCCAUCGAGAGGCGAAGGUGGCCCUGCUAGGACGGGGCUGCGGAUGCGCUGACAGAGCCCCCACAGAGCUUUUUCUCCCCGUAUAAAGAGGGACUGAGCUGUCGUGCAAAUCUCUGGGUGGUACCAACAUCAAACCCCACGAGCCACCAGUGCUGACUGAUCUCCACACCCGGGCACAGCUCAGGAUGCCCUCGGAGGCAGCAGGAGCCGCGCACACCCCCCAGCACCCAUUUUGCUGCAGCAGGACGAGGUGGAGCCUGGGCCUGGUGCUCGUUGUAAGGCCUUGGC